UGCUACUCCGUCGCAACGAAAACGCCGGUUCACACUUGGACAGUAACUCGAGCGAGUGAAUACGUAAUACGGGAUGUGCGCUGACAUGAAUCCAACUGUUAUCUUUCUAUUAGUUUUGUCAUUAUUCGUCGGUAACGAGACGGUGGCGUUAGAAAAUACGACUACCAAACCCGACAACAUGGAGAUAACCAUAUCUUUAUUGAAUCAUCGUGAGAAUGACGCAUUUAAACAACGAAUAAAUUUAGCCCCAUUUAAUCGCUUAAAUAUUACUGUGAGAGAUGUUCCAUUGGAUAUUUGGUUUAUUGUUUUACAAAUUCAUACAUUUCAAUACAAUGCAACGUUAUCUUACGACAAAGCACUGCUUGAUAAAGUGUCGGACAGAAGUUUAUUCGGAUCAAACAUUGGUCUGUAUUUAAAAACGCACGAUGUAACAACUCCAAUACAGGUUUUCUUGAAGCAUGAAAACUUGUAUAGUAUCGAUGCAUUGCUCGUAAUUGUCACAUACGGUCAAAAUGCGCCGGUACCGGGUGGUUGUAACAUGGAGUUCGAUAUCAAAAUAUCGCCGUAUCAAAAACUCUAUGCAGAAAACGGAAUGAUAUUAGUAGACACGCAGCCAGCAUCAAUUCUUUUCUCCAACGGUUCAUCAAUUUCCUGUGAAAAAAACCCAGUACAACACAAGAUGUACCGUCUUUAUCUGCCUAGACAGGAUUUUACUCCAGAUACAUACUUCGAUGUGAUCACGAGAAUGCUGACUGUGCAAGACAUUGUGCAGAACGGCGACGAGAUACCAGCAGGUGCUCUUACGAGUUCUAUGAGACGUAUCUACAGUGCGUACACCGGCACAGGAUCAGUGUAUGCCACAGUUGCUACUUAUGAAAAUUACUCUUCAGCUUACGUCCCAAUUUUGACAUACGCUUGCAGUCCUUUGCUCUAUCCAAAAAGUUGUAAAGUUUUAAAUGACGUAUUCGCACAUAUAAUUUGCGCACUGGUUCUGAUAAUAGGUUGUCUAUCCAUUAUUAUAGGGCAUAAAUACCCUUUUAUAGAUCGUUUGUUACCGAGCUGUAUGAUAGGUGGUAUUUUCGGCUACAUUAUAGCACUGAGUACCAGCGAUUACAGCAUCGCAAUCAACGUUCUGAUAGGUUUGCUAUGUGCUAUAGCUGUAACCAUAUUAGCAAUCUUAGGCGCUUGUACGUUAUUACGCAAUAUAUCAUUGGGAUUCUUAUGCGCGUGUAUCGCAUACCUCUAUGCUCCAGCGUGGAUGUUUUAUGUUGUGGAGCAAAAUUGGUUAUUCUGGCCUAUGUUCAUAAGCCUAAUAAUUACAACAACCACACUUCUGAUGACAAUUCCCUAUGUUGCUGAAAUGACUGCACGUGUCCUUUUCGGAUCUUGUUUCGUAAUUGUUGCGAUCGAUUAUUAUACUGGAAGUAAUUUGAAAUAUAUCAUUAUUUCCAUAAUCAGGAGGAUAACUAUAUCUGGAUUUAAUUUAGCGUUCGUAUAUCCUCCAAUUCAAGUUACAGAUGUAACUUUGAUUAUAGUCUGGAGUAUUCUGAUAACAGUACGAUUUAUUAUACAAUCGUAUGCUUCUUUAUGUUGUAAGAAAAAGUUUACAGGAUUAAAACAUGAUACAGAAAGAGUAUCUUUACUACUUAACCAUCAUGAUGACUGUCCUACCGAAAGGAGGUUUCGUAACCGGCCUCGAUAUUAUAAACGUUAUAUAAUAUUAUAAAUGGUAUAAACUAUCAUUUGGUGCGUUUCAUGCAUGAUGCGCAUAAUAUAUCGUUUAUCCUUGU